CCGCGUACUAUAAAUAGGGGCCGCAGUAGCCCAGGAUUUUUUUUCGCUUGCUCAGAGAAGUGUAGGGAGAAGAAUGGCGCGUACGAAACAGACGGCGCGGAAGUCGACAGGCGGGAAGGCGCCGCGCAAGCAGCUGGCCACCAAGGCGGCCCGCAAGAGCGCGCCGGCCACGGGCGGCGUGAAGAAGCCGCACCGCUACCGGCCCGGCACGGUGGCGCUGCGCGAGAUCCGGCGCUACCAGAAGUCGACGGAGCUGCUGAUCCGCAAGCUGCCCUUCCAGCGCCUGGUGCGCGAGAUCGCGCAGGACUUCAAGACGGACCUGCGCUUCCAGAGCUCGGCCGUCAUGGCGCUGCAGGAGGCGAGCGAGGCCUACCUGGUGGGGCUCUUCGAGGACACCAACCUGUGCGCCAUCCAUGCCAAGCGCGUCACCAUCAUGCCCAAGGACAUCCAGCUCGCCCGGCGCAUCCGCGGCGAGCGCCAGCACUGCCUGGAUGUUGGGCAGCACGCCGCCCUGCGCGAUGGUCACCUUGCCCAGCAGCUUGUUGAGCUCCUCGUCGUUGCGGAUGGCCAGCUGCAGGUGGCGCGGGAUGAUGCGCGUCUUCUUGUUGUCGCGCGCCGCGUUGCCCGCCAGCUCCAGGAUCUCGGCCGUCAGGGAGGUGCGGCUGGGAGGAUGGCGCGUACGAAGCAGACGGCGCGGAAGUCGACGGGCGGGAAGGCGCCGCGCAAGCAGCUGGCCACCAAGGCGGCCCGCAAGAGCGCGCCGGCCACGGGCGGCGUGAAGAAGCCGCACCGCUACCGGCCCGGCACGGUGGCGCUGCGCGAGAUCCGGCGCUACCAGAAGUCGACGGAGCUGCUGAUCCGCAAGCUGCCCUUCCAGCGCCUGGUGCGCGAGAUCGCGCAGGACUUCAAGACGGACCUGCGCUUCCAGAGCUCGGCCGUCAUGGCGCUGCAGGAGGCGAGCGAGGCCUACCUGGUGGGGCUCUUCGAGGACACCAACCUGUGCGCCAUCCAUGCCAAGCGCGUCACCAUCAUGCCCAAGGACAUCCAGCUCGCCCGGCGCAUCCGCGGCGAGCGCGCUUAAGCUCCUAGCAACCCGAUCUUUGUCAGACUAUCGAAAACCCAAAGGCUCUUUUAAGAGCCACCACAUUGGCAUGAGAAAGAGCUGCGAGUCUUACCCUGUGUGGGGAAGGAGGCGUUUGGCUGUGCUUCCUUUUUUUUUCUCCUUUUGUGUGCUACCAAAUUUGAUCAAGGUGAGGCUAGAUGCGUAAACCUCAUUUCGACAAGGUUGAGCAGGAUAUGGAGCAAACUGAACAAGGUAAUUGCUGCUUAGUUCUUGUACUGAUUCUCAGUGCACGAGUUUUUGGAUUGAAAGUUCCUGUUUGUAGGCCUUCGAUGCGCUACGGUCUUCAGCGCUGUUUGGGAAAAAGUCGUCCUCCAAGCCUUUAUUCAGUGCUGGAGAUAAUGAAACUUUAAAAAGGUUGGUUUUAUCUCUUACGUAGUUAUGCUGUAUUUCUUAAAAGCAGUUACAGUAAAGCACUUAAUGUGUAAACGGACUUCACAGAAUCCUUUAGUAUAAUUGGUUAGAACUCCUUUUUUAGAGGGAGUAUGAACUGCAGUUAUUUGAAGUCUUUAUUGUGGUAUUGUAGUCCAACUCCUUCCUUUUUAUUUCUGAAGCAGCAAAAAGUCCGUUCCCGCCCCUCUGAGCAGGCACUCGGUAGCCUUCUCAGUGUUUUGUCUCUGGCGGUGUGAGUGUCCCUGCCGUGAGCGACGUCUCCUGGACAUCGGCCCUUCUCAAGGGCUUUUGGCUUAUCCCCGGGAGAAGCCUAACGUUUUCCGGGGUGGUGGUGGGAGGGGGGGGGAAAGGGUGUCUCUGCGACCUCCAUUUCCAAAGAGGUGUGCUUUCUGCUUCUGUGGGGAACAGUCGUGGGAUCCUUGAUGGCUGUGCGUAUCCUGUCUGUAUGUUCAGAGACGUCUGUUUGGAUCAUUUUUCUUCAUCUGUAUGUACCCUCUCGGCCAUAUUUACUGAACUCGGCAUAGUAAAAAUAUUUUCCCUAGAAAUAUUGGGGGGUGGGGGGGUGUUAAAAACUGAUAUCGAGGACAAAAUUCUUAUUCAAAACUCUGCCACCUCCCCUUCAUAUUCAAUGAUUGCUGCGAACAUAUCUGGAAAGCAGGACUUCUCCCUGCCUAUAGGUUCUAUUAUGCAGUCGCAAAACCCCUUGCCCUCCUGCUCAACGAGCCUGUAGUUAGUGCCUCAAAAAUGUAGUUUUUAAGUGACCACUGACUUUCCAACAUGUUUCAGAUGUUUUUAACACGAUUAACUUUAUGUAAUUUCGGCUGUUUGUUCCAUUACAACAGUAAAUCGUAAAUCUUGGCUUUGUAUUGCUUGAAAUAAAGAGCUGUGACUUUAAGAAAGCGUUGGAUUGAAUUGAAUGUGGCUUUCAUUUAAACUCAUCAAUAAGGUGCCACGGAGGAUGACUCAGAGGAAAUAAAUAUCUUUCAGUGUCUGUAAGAUUAUUCCUUUUCUGUUAAUCGCUGAUACGUUUCAUCUUGGAGUGUUCAUUUCUGUUUCAGGAAUAUGGACUCUGCAGCAAAAUCUGACCAAUCAGCUUCCAUGACACACCAUUUUCUUUCGCUUGUUUUUUUCUCACUUUCAGCCAUUUUCUAUUACUUAACCUCAGAGGGUUAACAGGGAGGGGAAAAUGGUAGCAGAAUAACCCUUUGGGAAUUAAGUCAAUGUAGAUUCCCCCUCCCCCUGCUGCUGCUUUUGCUCCUUGAUAAAACGUUUGUGUUUUUCAAAAUACACUUUGUUUUUUUUGCAAUAGUAUGGUUACAGAAAUGAUUAUUGGUAUGGUUGUGAACACAAUGUAGUUGCAGAAAUGAUUAUGUAAACUAAAUGUGUUUUCUGUUACUCUGUGUGUGAUGCAGAGGGAUGUAUUCGUACCUGCUAUUUAAACCUAUCUGUUCUAGUAACAAGUUUAGGAUAAAUUUAAUGAUAAGUGUAAAUCAACUAAACUGUCAGUUUUUAGUAUCUACAUAUAGUGGAUAUUUAAUGUCGUAUCUUGGCAAACAAUUAGAAUGGUUACUUUUCCAUAGGGGUUUGGACAGAAAUGUUGCUUGUUUUCAUGACUAUGGAAGAAAUCAUAUAUGAGGAAUGUGUCAGGGAGAGUAUUAAUUUCUCUUAAGUUCUGUUGUUUUAUUUUGAAGAGCUUGGACUCUCUUAAUAAAUAUAGGAUUGCUCUGA